AUGGCUCUAGCAAGAGAGAAGAGGCUUCCGCCACUCCACCUCUCGCUGAACGUCCCGUCCCGCCCCGCCGUCCAGGAGCCGGCCUUCCGCCACGCCAACCCUCCGGUCGCCGCGGCGCAGCCCGCCUCGACCCCGCUAGCACGGUCGAGCCAGUUCCGGCUCGCCGACUUCGACCGGCUCGCCGUCCUGGGUCGCGGGAACGGCGGCACCGUGUACAAGGUGCGCCACCGUGAGACCUCCGCGCUCUACGCGCUCAAGGUCCUGCACCAGGGCGACGCCGCCGCCGAGGCGGACAUCCUCGGCCGCACCGCCUCGCCGUUCGUCGUCAGGUGCCACUCCGUCCUGCCGGCGCCCGCGUCGGGCGACGUCGCGCUGCUCCUCGAGCUGGCGGACGGCGGGUCGCUGGACUCCGUCAGUGGCCGGCGCGGGGCGUUCCCGGAGGCGGCGCUCGCGGAGGUGGCGGGGCAGGCGCUGUCCGGGCUGGCCUACCUCCACGCCCGCCGCGUCGUGCACCUCGACAUCAAGCCGGCGAACCUCCUUGCCACCACGGCCGGGGAGGUCAAGGUCGCCGACUUCGGCAUCGCAAGAGUCCUCCCCCGCGCCGGCGACCACUGCACGUCGUACGCGGGCACCGCCGCGUACAUGAGCCCCGAGCGCUUCGACCCGGAGGCGCACGGCGGGCACUACGACCCCUGCGCCGCCGACGUGUGGAGCCUCGGGGUCACCGUCCUGGAGCUCCUCGUCGGCCGCUACCCGCUGCUCCCCGCCGGGCAGCAGCCGAACUGGGCGGCGCUCAUGUGCGCCAUCUGCUUCGGCGAACGUCCCGCGCUACCCGACGGCGCCGCGUCGCCGGAGCUCCGGAGUUUCGUCGCCGCGUGCCUGCAGAAGGACUACCGCAAGAGGGCGUCCGUCGCGGAGCUUCUUGCCCACCCGUUCGUCGCCGGGAGGGACGUGACGAGGUCGAGGCGCGCGCUCCGAGAGCUGGUCGCGGAGGCCUAG